AUGCCUUCUGCCAUUGCACCCAGCGAUGACAAGAACGCUGUCUUUGGCGGCAACCCCGCCUCUCGACCACGCCUCCUCAAGCCCCUGACCUACUCUGGCACCUUGGACAACUUCAAGCAUGCCGACGUCACUCCGAUUAUUGGAACGGAGUACGAGGGCCUGCAGGUCACAGACCUACUCAAGGCGGACGAUCAGAUGAUGAGGGACCUUGCUGUCACGAUCUCCCAACGCGGCGUUGUCUUCCUCCGUGAUCAGGUUCUCACUCCUGAGCAGAUGAAGCAAUUCUGCCUGCGCCUGACUGAGGUUGCCGGUUGUCCCGAGUCUUCCGGCUUGCACGUCCACCCCCUGACCGAAGAGGGCAGCGAACUAGGCGACCAGGUCAGCGUCAUCAGCAGCGAGAAGCAGAAGAAGGGCGGCGGCUUGACCCAUCAGCUCAGCGACGUCAGCCGCUUCGCCAGUGCCGGAUGGCACACCGACAUCUCCUUCGAGCCUGUGCCGUCCGACUAUGCCAUGCUCAAGAUCCACACUCUACCUGAGACUGGUGGUGAUACCCUGUGGGCAUCGGGCUACGAGAUCUACGAUCGGCUCUCCCCGAGCAUGCGUGUCUUCCUCGAGGGACUGACGGCAACUCACGACGCAACUUUCUUCCACGACGAAGCCAGGCGGUUGGGCAACCCCAUCCGCCAAGGCAUUCGAGGGUCGCCGCUGAAUAAGGGCGACGCCCUCCAGGCUGUGCACCCCGUCAUUCGCACCAACCCCGUUACCGGGUGGAAGUCCGUCUACGUCAACAAGGGCUUCACAAAGCGGAUCAACGGUGUGACCAAGGACGAGUCGGAUCUACUGCUGGGUUACCUCUUCAACCUGGUCACCCAGAACCACGAUGCACAGGUGCGCUUCAAGUGGAGGAAGAACGACCUCGCCAUCUGGGACAAUCGCAGCAUGUGGCACUGUGCCACCUAUGACUACGCCGAGGCGAGAGCCGGAGACCGCGUCUGCUCCCUGGGCGAGGCACCAUACCUAGAUCCGGCGAGCAAGAGCCGGAGGGAAGCCUUGGGACUAUGA